UUGUUGGUCUCAGUGUCAACAUCAUUAGAGUAUAAAGAAGAUGAUUUUGCGCAUUGGGCUGUUAGAAUUACAAAUGGCAAGAAAAAUUGUACUGGAACCUUGGUGACACCAUGUCAUGUCCUGUCGACGAGUUGGUGCAUUCAAAAAGACAAUGGGAUAAGAAUGUAUCUUGGUGAAGGAACACUAAACAAAGAUGAUGUACAAAUAGCGUUUGAAAAAACACCAAGGACAUACAAAUCAAAUCGGGCUACAGGAGCGAUAAUAACACAACUUGCAGAAUGUGUUGAAAUCACUAAAUAUGUAGCACCCGUUCAAAUUACAAGCAGGGGAGUAAAUGUUGGCAUGGUAACAACCGUCCGUUCAUUGGAGUCUUCGCCUGAUGAUAGAAGACGUAAUCAGAUUAAAACACAUCGUGUGACAGUAACAACUAACUGUCCAGAUGGAAAUAAACGGGGUGUCUUAUGUGUACAUGGUUACACUGUGAAGAAGGUGGAUUAUGGGGGAGCAAUGGUUGCAACGGCUAAAGAUGGCCAACCUUGUAUGGUAGGGUUGGCAAGUGAAAGUAAAGAUAUCACUAAUAAAAGAGGGGAGAAAAAAUCAGUGGCAAUAUACAUCGAUGUUACUGUGAACAAGAUUGCAAAGGACAUGUUGUUUCGGUUCAUUAACGCUAACCCAUGCACAAACUGUGACAGUCCAUCAGUACAAAUGUGUAAGCCUAAAGAGCAAGUGACUCAAAAGGACAAAGGGGUUCAUAUAUCUAAUUCAUCUGAGCCAGGCAAAGAUAUCCAUCGCACCUCAACACAAACAGAGAAAAGAGAAGACGAUUCGCGUUUGACCAAUCAUUGGUUGGUUCGUGUUAAGAAUGGCAACAGAAUGUGCACUGGCAUCAUUGUUACAAAAUGUCAUAUUUUGGCACCGUCUAAAUGUGUCCAAAACCAGUUGAAGAGUAAAAUGAAUAAGCGUAUAACUGUGAUUGCUGGGCACAAAAGCAAGGCAAACGUACAAGAGGUCAAAGCAAACACUGAGAAUGACCAACUUAUCAAGAUUGACGUUAUAGCAUUGGGUGUUACAAUAUUCAAGCUAAAAAGAUGUUUGGACACGUCUGGAGACGAUGCGGGACCUAUAAAUUUCGGUGAAUAUACAGUGGCUGAUGGUACGUUAGUUACGUGGUCUGGAUUUACAGGACCUAACCGUAUAGUUAGCCAUGAGAUGACCGUGGAAACAGAAAAAUGUAAAGCAGUCCUUCGAAACUUGUCUGUUCCGAAUCACAUUUGCUCAAAACCAGCGUUACCAAGUAACGCAUACGAUGGCGGUUCAUUGGUUGUUAAAGGGCAUGGUAAAACUCCUUGCUUGGUGGGGAUAUACUGUAAGGAACGUCAGUCCAUCGUUGGUCAGCACCUAUCCAAUGAUAAUGCUUUAUUCGCCGAUGCAUCUUUCACGGAUUUUCUCUCCAUCAUCAGGUUAUUUGUGAUGGUUAAGCCUUGUGCAGAGUGUGAACACACACCCAAGAUUCAAAGUUGUAGCGGGUAUAAUCCAAAAAAUAUAUCGCACAAUUGUCCGGCGUUUGAAAUCGACGGAGGUUCUUAUACGGUGACGUGCAAGAAUGAGGAUAGAUGUAGCGCAAAAAUUACAUGUGACCGGUGCUACAUCCUACAGGGAGAAACUUCAAGAAAAUGUGUAAAGAACAAAUGGGAAGAAGAUUUCUCAACUUCAUGCAUCAUUGAUCCAAGAGUUGAAUGUGGUAAAGACAACGAUUGUGUUGGUUUGCCAGGACGAUCCACCUGCUCAAACUGCAGAUGCGUAUGUCGUUCCGAUGCGGAAUGUAUCGAAUAUAAUAUGGGCAGCACAUGCGAUCCUUCUGUGGGAGAUGGAACCUGCAGCUGGGGUUGUGUUCACCUUCAACCUCCAGACCAUGGUUUUUUCGUCUAUACACCGACGGAAAUGGUAAAUGGGUCAACAUAUACAUUAGACUGUGGCGCAGGGUAUGAGCUUGGAGGUCCAAAGGUUCGGAUGUGUAUUAAUGGCAACUGGGACGGGGAAGACACAUUUUGUGUUUUGGCAUUUGAUGAAUGCCGGGGAGUUACUUGUAAGCACCAAUCAGAAUGUAUAGAUGGGCCUGGCUACUUUACAUGUGUUUGCGAGUAUGGUUACACCGGUCAGUUCUGUGAAAUAGAUAUAGAUGAAUGUGUGAGCUCACCUUGUAACAAUGGUGGAGAGUGUAUUGACCUCAUAGGUGAAUACAGAUGUGACUGUCCUACUGGAUGGGUAGGCGGAAGGUGCCAAGGAGAAGAUCUUUGCCACCAUAUUAAUCCCUGUCCCAAAGGAUCUGUAUGUGAAAACGUGAUAAAUAAAUUUGCAAUACCACUUUGUGAAACAAAUGAUGAUAUAUGUGAAGCAUUUCCAACGGUUAACACUCGGGAGAUUGUUCCCAAUGGACCAACCCCAGAAUGUGAUUAUGACUUGCUUAAAUUCUGCAAUGAGAGAGAUGUAAAGUCCAAGUCCACGCUUACGUAUUCUUGUAAUUGCCGUGAGGGAUUUACUGGUCUGAAUUGUGAAACACGGAUUCCAUCUACUGUGCCAAACAAAAUAUGUCCUAGAGGUUUCUUUAAAGAAGGAGAUACGAAAACUUGCCAGUUGAUGGGGAGUGCUUGUGAUGUCGCCGACAGAAAAUGUUGUGGGUGUGAUCGCACCUUUCACGAGGGCAUCAGAUGGAACAAAUGGCGUGUGCACCUAGUCGGAAUGGUCCCACAGUGGCCUUCAACUGUAACAAGAAUGGGACGAUGCCUCUGUGAAGCCUGUUUAGAAGAACACUGUGUCCCUGGUCACAUGUUAAAACAAUGGAGACAAGAAAAACAAAAUUGGGAGGCUAGAAAUAGAUAAUGGCCUGAUUGAUUUUAUUUUGUAGAGAAAAAAAUAUAAAAAAA